CCGGCGGGGGCGGUCGGCAGUGACAGCGAGCGCGCGGCGGACAGAGAGUGUUUUCAUACAAAGGCGGCCACGCGCGCGGCGCCGCACGACUCAAACCAUGAAUUACGUGGGGCAGUUGGCGGGCCAGGUGUUUGUCACCGUGAAGGAACUCUACAAGGGGCUGAACCCUGCCACCCUGUCCGGAUGUAUUGAUAUCAUCGUUGUCCGCCAGCCCAACGGGAGCCUGCAGUGCUCCCCUUUCCACGUGCGCUUUGGGAAGAUGGGGGUCCUGCGUUCCCGAGAGAAAGUGGUUGACAUAGAAAUCAACGGGGAAUCUGUGGAUUUGCACAUGAAAUUGGGAGAUAAUGGAGAAGCAUUUUUUGUUCAAGAGACGGAUAAUGAUCAGGAAGUGAUCCCCAUGUACCUGGCCACCUCCCCUAUCCUGUCGGAGGGAGCCUCGCGCAUGGAGUGUCAGAUGAAAAGGAGCUCUGCAGACAGGAUCAGAAACCUGGACCCCAGCGCAUCGGGCCAGGCCUUACCCCCCAGUGAGGCCCCUUCGAGCGGCUCUUUAGUGAAGAAGAGGAGGAAGAGGAGGAGAAAGUCCCAGCUGGACACCCUGAAAAGAGACGACAACGUGAACACGUCCGAAGAUGAGGACAUGUUUCCCAUAGAGAUGAGCUCGGACGACCAGGCCGACCCACUGGACGACAGUAGAACUCUUCCUAAUGAUAUACCUGCAUUCCAAGAAGAUGUUUCUAAAGAAAGCCCUUCCCCCAUCAUGACUUACCCUCAGUCAGCUUCGUACCCUAAUUCUGAUAGAGAGUGGUCACCCAGCACCAGAUGUACUUGUAGCUUGCAGUGGAAGUGUAGGAACCCUGCUGCAAAGGCUCCCUGCCUAAAGCCAGGGUCCUCCCAACACCACUCCUCGUUCCAGUUUCACCAGAGUGAUCUCGCCAGUGGGAUAGCACAUAGCCCGAUAGAUUGCCAAGGGACUGCCCCCCGCUUGGCGGUUGCGGCCGAGGGAGGCCUUUCUAGCUCUUGCCCUCCACGGUCUUCCCACCUCCAUGCUUCGGAAAGUCCUUCAGGUUCUCGACCUUCAACACCUAAAAGCGAUUCAGAAUUGGUCAGUAAGGCCACCGAUAGGACGAUGCAGAAGAAUAACCUAGAAAUGCUUUGGCUUUGGGGAGAAUUGCCACAAGCAGCAAAGUCCUCUCCACACAAGAUGAAAGACUGCAGCCCAUUAAACAGUAGAAAAAUCUGUGAUAAGAUGCACUUUCAGACCAUCCAGAGUGAGUCUUCCGAUGCGUUUAGUGACCAGUCGCCAACCCUGGCCAGGCCUCCCGUGCUGCCCGUUCCAGAGUCGGGCAAGCCUCCCAUGGAGAUGCAGUUUGUGAACGAAGAAGAUGUCGAGGCCUUGGGGGCGGCAGCCCCGCCUUUAUCUACGAUCGAAGAACCCAAACCCCUCUCUGCCAGCGUAGCCCCGACGGCAAGCAAGACAGAUUCUCCUUCCAGGAAAAAAGACAAACGAAGCAGGCAUCUUGGUGCUGACGGCGUCUACUUGGAUGACCUCACAGAUAUGGAUCCUGAAGUGGCUGCCCUGUAUUUUCCCAAAAACGGAGAUCCUUCCGGACUCUCCAAACCCGCCAGUGACAACGGGGCCCGGUCUGCCAACCAGUCCCCGCAGUCCGUGGGCAGCUCUGGCAUCGACAGCGGCGUGGAGAGCACGUCGGACAGCCUGAGGGACCUGCCAUCCAUCGCCAUCUCCCUGUGCGGGGGCCUCAGCGACAAUCGGGAGAUAACCAAAGAUGCGUUUCUGGAGCAAGCCGUGUCGUAUCAACAGUUUGUGGACAACCCGGCUCUCAUUGAUGACCCCAAUCUUGUGGUGAAGAUCGGGAAUAAAUACUAUAACUGGACGACAGCAGCACCUCUGCUCCUGGCAAUGCAGGCCUUCCAGAAACCUUUGCCAAAGGCCACUGUGGAAUCUAUCAUGAGGGAUAAGAUGCCCAGAAAGGGAGGAAGAUGGUGGUUUUCAUGGAGGGGAAGAAAUACCACAAUCAAAGAGGAAAGUAAGCCGGAGCAGUGCUUGGCUGGAAAGAGCCACAGCACCGGGGAACAGCCGUCGGCGCUCAGCACGCCCACCAGAAUAAAGCAUGAAUCAUCCUCCAGUGAUGAAGAGCACACAGCUGCCAAACCAUCAAGUGCAAGCCACCUCCCUCUGUUGUCCAAUGUCAGCUACAGGAAGACCCUUCGGCUCACUUCAGAGCAACUGAAAAGCUUGAAGUUGAAGAAUGGCCCCAACGACGUGGUGUUCAGCGUGACCACACAGUACCAAGGCACGUGUCGCUGCGAAGGCACCAUCUAUCUGUGGAACUGGGACGACAAAGUCAUCAUCUCAGACAUCGAUGGGACCAUCACCAGAUCAGAUACUCUUGGCCACAUUCUGCCCACCCUGGGCAAGGAUUGGACCCACCAGGGCAUCGCUAAGCUGUACCAUAAAGUGAGCCAAAAUGGCUAUAAGUUUCUCUACUGUUCUGCACGGGCCAUCGGGAUGGCAGACAUGACGAGGGGCUACCUGCACUGGGUCAAUGAGAGGGGCACGGUGCUGCCUCAGGGGCCCCUGCUGCUGAGCCCAAGCAGUCUCUUUUCGGCCUUGCACAGAGAAGUGAUUGAGAAGAAGCCAGAGAAGUUUAAAGUCCAGUGUUUGACAGACAUCAAAAACCUGUUUUUUCCAAACACAGAACCCUUUUAUGCUGCUUUUGGAAACCGACCGGCUGAUGUGUAUUCGUAUAAGCAAGUAGGAGUGUCUUUGAACAGAAUAUUUACUGUCAAUCCCAAAGGAGAACUUGUACAGGAACACGCAAAGACAAACAUCUCCUCGUACGUGAGACUCUGUGAAGUGGUUGACCACGUUUUCCCAUUGCUGAAAAGAAGCCAUUCUUCAGACUUCCCCUGCUCAGAUACCUUCAGUAAUUUCACCUUUUGGAGAGAGCCAUUGCCACCUUUUGAAAACCAGGAUGUUCAUUCUUCCUCAGCAUAAAAUGUCGCAAGCCACCUCCUGACAUCAUGUGAAGACCAGCACCCUUGAUUAAAGGACAGGUUUUGGUAGCCACGGAGCAGGAGCUCGGGAGCCUGAUGUGCGGUCAUUUGCUUAAGAGCAGAGAAAUCUGAGGGGCCUUUCUCUCCCUUUCCCGUGGCCCCCAGGGGUGGACUUUUCUAAGUGAAAUACAAAGGGUGUACUUUAUAGGCGAGGCGUCGGGUGCACUCAGAGCGGGAAGGCAUCCCUCGGUGGUGGCUUCAAGCCAGUCGCCGCGCUGCCCCACCCUGUCCACUCUCGCGGUCCCUUACUGGUUCCCGGGGAGAGGUGGCUGCCAGGGGGUCCCCACCGAUGACUGUUCGGUCGAGGCACGCCAGACGCGCGGGACUUUGGUCGAGGAGGGGCCCAUUUCCAUCCGUGGCAGUGUGUGCUGAGGGGCCCGAGACCUGCCUCUGUGGCUUGGCCUGGGGGUGUCUCCCUGCAGUAUUUGCCGACGGGGCUGAUGGUGAGGCCAUAAAUUCUUUAAUUCCUUUGAUUAAAGAUAACCU